GGGCCAAGAUGGCGGCGACCACCGGCGCGGAUUUCACCGAGCCGCCGCCGAAUGUUUUUUAUUUUCGGGACCCGAAGCCGGUGGCGGAUCCGAUCGUCGAGGCGGGAAAAAGCCCUGGAGGGUGUCCGGGCCAGGUGCCUCUCGUGGUGGAUAAUGGGUCUUUUCAGUGCCGGGCCGGCUGGGCCCUGGACCAGAAGCCGCGGCUUCAGUUUAAGAACGUGUCGGCCCGGAGCCGCGGCGCCUCCCGCAGCGACACCCAGGUCGGCAACGAUAUCCGUAACCUAGAGGUGGUCCGCUGGCUGCUCAAGUCCCAGUUUGACAGGAACGUGGUGGUGAAUUUCGAUAUUCAGGAGCAGGUGUUUGACUACAUCUUCCAGCACCUGGGGAUCACCUCUGAGUUUUGCGUGGAACAUCCAGUAGUUUUAACAGAAGCACCAUGUAACCCACUGUAUUCACGGCAAUUGAUGUCCGAGCUCCUGUUCGAGUGCUACCAUGUUCCAAAGGUGUCAUAUGGAAUUGAUGAUCUUUACAGCUUUUGGCGUAAUAACAAACACCCCUCCACUGGAUUGAUUGUUUCCUCUGGGUAUCACUGCUGUCACAUUCUGCCAGUGCUGCAUGGCAGGUUGGAUGCUCAUAACAGUAAAAGGAUUAAUCUGGGUGGAAGCCAGGCAGCAUCGUACAUGCAGCGCCUGCUACAGCUAAAGUAUCCUGGCCACUUGCCAGCUAUAACACUCAGCAGAAUGGAAGAAAUUCUCCACGAACAUUGUUACAUUGCAGCUGACUAUAUGGAAGAGCUCAGCCUGUGGAAGCAGCCGGACUUCUACCAGAAAAAUAUUCACAGGAUGCAGUUGCCCUUUAACAAUAAGCUGCUGGCCAGCACCUUGACCGCCGAGGAGAGGAUGGAACGGAGGCAGCAGCAGAUUCGCAGGCUACAGGAGCUUAACGCACGGCGUAGGGAGGAAAAACUGCAGCUCGAUCAGGAAAGACUCGAGAGAUUGCUCAGCAUCCAGGAGCUUUUGGAAGAAGGCAUGACUGAACGCUUCAAGCGAGCUCUGUCGGAAAUGAACAUGGAUUCUGCAGAGGAGUUGCAGUCAUAUGUUAACAAGCUCAGCCUGGCCAUCGAGCAAACCAAGCAAAAAAUCCUGCAGGCAGAAGUGAAUGUGGAGGUGGACGUUGUUGACACAAAGCCAGAUGUAAGUAAUGAUGGCAACUGA